CUGUAUGUUUCGUUUACCGCGCAUGCACGAAAUUCAGAAAAAAAAAUCCCCGGAAGAGAGCGUCACUUCCGGUUUCUGCAUCUGACGUGUCUAAAACAGUUUUACUCUGGUGGUGGCUUUUACUCGUGGGGGAUUUUUAUCUAGUGAAGUAUUAUCUGAUACGUGGUGGCAAGAUGCUAGAUUUCUUCACCAUCUUCAGCAAAGGGGGGAUAGUGUUGUGGUGUUUUCAGGGAGCCGGUGUCACUGAAUCCUUCACUGGGCCUGUCAACGCUUUGAUUCGCUCCGUGAUCCUUCAGGAGCGAAGUGGGAACAACUCAUUUACUCAUGAGGGCCUGAGUCUUAAAUACAAGCUCGACAAUGAGUUUGAGUUGAUUUUUGUGGUGGGUUUUCAAAAGAUCCUGACGCUGACAUAUGUGGACAAGUUCAUAGAUGACGUUCAGCUGCAUUUUAGGGAUCGUUAUAAGAAUGAGCUGGAGCACAAGGCUGCUUUAAGGCUCCUCAACAACAACUUUGAAUUCGAGGAUGACUUCAAGAUGCUUCUUAGAGAGACGGAGGAGAUCAGCAAAACUCGGAGUCCCGCCCCCAUGCGGACAUUUAAGCAGUCCGAGAAAUCCCAAAAAACUGUGAAGUCGAUGAUUGAGACAAAAGGUGGGGACAAAGGCAAGGAACAGGGUGGCAAGAAGAAUAAAAAUACCAAAAAGGAGGCUCCUGCAGCUGAGCCUGUCAAAGCGGAUCAAGGCAAGGCCUCAUCCUCUGGGCAGAAGGUGGUUGAGAAUGGUAACCAGGGCUUGACUCCUGACGAGGUCAUGCAGAAGAAGAGAGAGGAAUUCUUUCGCAAGCGCUUGGUGGUAACUACUGAAAAACCCAGUAAGUCCCCAAAGCCUCAGAAGCCUAGGGAGAAACAAAUGCGUGUUUGGGACAUGGGUGGUAGCAGCGUCAAGGAGCUGGACUACAGCGGGAGGAAUGGAGACGGUUCCCCAAAUGGUGGCGAACAGAACCAGGAAGCACAUCUUGACCCGGGGAUGCAGCUAAGCUCCAUGAAGGGUGACCUGCUGUCUGUGGACUAUGAGUCCAGUGAGGAAGAGGAGAUGGAGAUGGAGGAGGAAGAGGAGAGAGUGGUUAUCAGUGAAACAAGCAAGACACGCACCAAAAAGGGUGGCGGUUUUGGGGGCAUGUUUGGGAUGCUGAAGGGCCUGGUGGGGUCCAAGAGUCUGACCCGGGAUGACAUGGAGUCAGUACUGGAGAAGAUGAGGGACCACCUCAUCGCAAAGAAUGUAGCAGCCGACAUUGCCUUCCAGCUCUGUGACUCUGUAGCCAAAAAACUGGAGGGCAAAGUCAUGGGCACAUUCACCACUGUGGCCUCAACAGUAAAGCAGGCCCUGCAAGACUCACUGGUGCAGAUCCUGCAGCCCAAGCGAAGGGUGGAUAUUCUGAGAGAUGUCAUGGAGGCGCAGAGCCAGCGAAGGCCUUUUGUCAUUACAUUUUGUGGUGUCAAUGGGGUUGGAAAGUCCACCAACCUGGCCAAGAUCUCUUUCUGGCUCAUAGAGAAUGGUUUCACUGUGCUGAUCGCAGCCUGUGACACAUUUCGUGCCGGGGCAGUGGAGCAGCUCCGCACUCAUCAGCGCCGCCUGAACUCUCUGCAUCCGCCAGAGCAGCAUGGAGGACGGCCGGUGGUCCAGCUCUAUGAGAAGGGCUACGGGAAGGAUGCUGCUGGAAUUGCCAUGGAGGCCAUUGCCUAUGCUCGCAACCAGGCCUUUGACGUGGUGCUGGUGGACACUGCUGGGCGUAUGCAGGACAACGCCCCCCUAAUGACAGCCCUGGCCAAACUUAUCGCAGUCAACAUGCCUGACCUAGUGCUGUUUGUUGGGGAGGCUCUGGUGGGCAAUGAGGCAGUUGACCAGCUGGUAAAGUUCAAUCAGGCUCUGGCAGACCACUCCAUGUCUGACAAGCCUCGCCUCAUUGAUGGAAUUGUUCUCACUAAGUUUGACACAAUCGACGACAAGGUUGGUGCUGCCAUCUCCAUGACUUACAUCACAGGCCAGCCUAUUGUGUUUGUAGGCACAGGGCAGACCUACAACGACCUGCGCAGCCUCAAUGCCCGCGCUGUCGUUGGUGCCCUGAUGAAGGCUUAAGUGGCUGCAUGUUCUGCUGUUUAUUCAUCGUCGCAACAAAGCCAACAAUACCUUUGCCACACUGCCGUGAGAUGUUCUAGCCCUGCUAACCUGCAUUUCUCAUCCUCCUGUCCUGUCCUCUCUACUUUGCAUCAAAUGAAGAACUCAUGUCAUGCACAGGACUUUAUUCUCAAAGUAAAGGACAAGUGUGCUCUUUGAAAGACACAACAUUUUGCAACAAAGCCAGAGGGGCCUCCCUUUGCAUACUUUCUAAACCUUUGGGCCUACAUUGAAAAGUACCUCAGAUCAGACUGAGUUUUGAAACAACGUGAAGUCACAUCCAAAUCCAAGACAUUUGAGCUGACUAAAUGGACCUAGGCUGUAAAUGUCAUUCUUUUACUGGUUUACACAGUAAAGACUUAUAAAAAAUUCCCCACCUGUCAGUUUUCCCCUCUUCAUGUAAAUGAGGUCAGGUCGUGAAGGCUUGCUGGAUGUGACAUUUCCGCAGCUGCCUGCUUGAGGAAAGCUUAGUGACCAUAGUGCCUAUCUGUCUCCUGUCUUCUUAGUUAACCCUUUCACUACAUGGGUGUUUAUCCAUCAAGAGUACCAUGGCAGUUCAGGUCAGAAACCACUCCUUCAUGUCUUGAGGAGGAGCAGCCUGAAUCUGUUUACAACAUUUGAUCAUAAAGUGGGCAUGAAUAUCAGCACUCAUGAAGUUAAUAGAGGCUCAGUCAAGGCUGAUUCUUUGAUCUCCUGACCACAACAACUGUGGUACACUAGUUCUGGAUGGAUUGUUCUAUGAAAGUCAUCUCCCAGAGCUCCUCGCCUGCCUAACACACAGUUAACACAUUUACAAAAUGGAGACUUUGAUUCAUAAGUUUAUAGUUGAUGAAAAGUGGAAAGAUAUUUUGUAAGUUAAUUUUUUUAGUUCUUACAGGUUGUCUAUAGAUUUUCAGACUAGACCUUCUCUAUGGUCAGUUGAAGUUCUUUGGCCCUUUUUAUUUAUGUGUUCCCCUCUUGAUUUACUCUUCAGUUGUAAGAGAAACUUUAAGUCUUGAACAUCUCCAGCCCCCUUUAAUUUGUGGUAGUGCAAUAAGAGAGAAUCAAGAGUUAUACAGAAGAUUUGAGCUAAUUUAUGAGAAUGUAAACAUUUCUAAAUAAAGCUGCUAUAUGCUCUGACAGCCUGUAAACUUG